GCUGUGUGCGUGCUGGUUGGGUAACUAUCGUCGAAUUUUUGGUUGUCCGGCGGAAUGUUUUGUGCGUGAGUUGAUUAUUGUGGUUUAGGUCAAGACUUUCAAAUUUCUCCGCGGUUAUUGGAACAUCUCACACUGGAAAUACCACUCAAGAAUUCAGAAAUAAUUUAAACUCGAGGCCAAAGUCACAGAAAUGGAUCAAUCGACUCAAGUAAAUUUUCCAAUAGUAACUAAAUUCGACAAAAGAAAAAUAUGGAGACACAACACCUCUACGGAUUUAUUUACUUCAAUGCCCAAUAGAGCUAUGUCAUCUUCUAAUUUAUGGGCUCCAGUAAAACCAUCUAGACCGAGAUCACUAAACGUCACAUCAGAUACAAUCAAUCGAACGAAAAUAUCAUACCUAGAUCAUUCAAUGAGUUUACAGCCUCAUUCAUUAGAAACGUCUUUUGGAUCAAUAUCUCGUGAAAGGACACCACCUUUCUCAAGUAAUUCUAGUUUAACUUCCAAUGGACCAUCGUCAAGUAUAGUUAAUGGUACACCAUCUGCUUUUCCUACAAGUCCAUCCUCCGGAUUUGCGAGCAACCCGGCAUCUACUGGUUAUACAUUAUACAAAUCAAGACCAAGGGUAAAAAUUAGGGAUGAUGAGAGUACUGCCAGUGGGCCCAAAACUUACUGUCGAUGCUACGACAUCGAACAUAGUAUGACCAACGAAAAAAGGCAACUAACAAAUACAAGUGACGGCUUAUCAUGGAGAAGGUUACAUAUGUCUAGAGCAAAACUCAAAGCAACCGCCACGACUUCUGAAUUAUUAUCUGGAUUUGCCAUGAUAGCUAUGGUAGAACUCCAAAUAAAUACUCCAACUAAUGUUCCUGAAUGGUUAUUUGUAUUGUUUGCCGUAUGUACAACAGUAUUAGUAGCAGUUCAUAUAUUUGCUCUAAUGAUAUCAACGUACAUUCUCCCAAAUAUAGAAGCGAUAGCAAAAUUAGAAGUGUGCGAAAUGGUAAAAGAAAGUCCUCACGAAAGAAUGAAGGGAUUUAUAGAAAUUGCAUGGGCUUUUUCUACGAUAUUAGGUUUGUUCCUGUUCUUAAUUGAAAUUGCAAUCCUGUGCUGGGUAAAAUUCUGGGAUUACUCCUUUUCAGCUGCUGUUGCUGCAACGGUGAUUGUGAUUCCUGUUUUAAUAAUAUUCGUUCUUUUCGCUGCCCACUUUUAUCACUCUUUAGUUGUUUACAAAUGUAACACUUCAAAUAGUGAUAUGGAAAAAUUAGAGAAUAUUAAGAAACAAUUAGACGAAGUAACAAUCAGCAUGUGAUAUAGUAUAAGGUUUAAAUAUGAACUGUACAUAAAAAUGAAACUUGUAACAAUUAUUGUAAUUUAUAUAUUGAUCAAUACACUUCAGAUACAAUAUUAAUUUUAAAAGACUACUUGUCACAAUAAUUGCAAGCUUUAUUAUAUUUGUUUAACAGGUCGAGUACCAACAGAAAGUUGGGUAAAAUGAAAUUCAGUUUGUUUUGUUUACAAACUUAUGACUAUUUGUGCAAACUUUCAGAUCGAUGUAGAGAACAUCGGAAAUUUUAUCUUCCGAUAUUUUCUCAAGCAAAACGAUGUUUUGCCUGGAAUAAUUUUUUAAAUACAAAGAAAUAUGAAGUCGUUUAUUGUAAAAUUAAAAAAAAAGUACUAAACAAAAUGGAAGUAGACGUGUUCAUAACAGGUACGAAUUAUGUUUUUAAUUUGGGUAAUUCAUCGUAUGUCAAUUUAAAACACAAAAAUUUGCCAAUCCGACGAAUGUCAAGGUUGUUCAUGCAAAUUUGGAUAAUCUUUUCUUUCCUAUUAUUGCA